CGUGUUAUCUACGCUUUUUCUGUGGAAAAUAUUUCACUGAACAUACGCAGAGAAUCUAUUUUAUUUGUAUUAUUUAAGCUGCAGAAAAAUAAUAAAACAGAUUAUGGCAGCCAAAGUAGCGUCCGGCAAUACCAAAGUCUUUCAAAACCACGAUGACGUUCACAUAUCAUUCGAUGAUCAACAAAAGAUUAACAAAUUUGCCAAGCACAAUGCCCGCAUGGAUGAGUUGAAAGUUGAAUUGGAAACGAAAAAGAACCAACUAAAGAAUGUCGAAGAGGCUUUAGAAGAAAUUGAGCUCUUCGAUGAAGAUGAAGAUAUACCAUUUCUAUUUGGGGAAGUAUUCUUAUCACAUAAAUUGUCGCGUACUCAGGAACUUUUAAAAGAAGUAAAGGAAAAGACUCUACGAGAGAUUUCGAAUAUAGAGGCGCAGGCCAACGAAAUCAAAGGCGAAAUGAAUGAACUUAAAGCUCAACUUUAUCAACGAUUUGGUAGCAACAUCUCACUAGAAAGUGAUGAUUAGAUAAAUAACUGUGUUCUUUCAUCUCAAUGAUAAAAUCAUUAAAAAGUCGA